CGCAAAAUGUUCUUUAAAGUGCGGAAGAGGAUUAAGGAGGAGCCAUUGCUAUAUUGUGUGUCGACUAGGGUGAAUGGGGAGAAGCACAUUUAUGAGGUGAGCAAAUAUUCGAACAUUAAUGCUUCUUGGAUUGUUCUUGUUAGCUUCUCGAGAGCAAAGGCAUUCCAUGCAGUCAUUGUUUUUUUGUGAUGAAAGUUAAUAACAUGUCAGUUGUUCCAUCUUCUUUGGUGGUGAAACGAUGGUCCAAGGAUGCUAAGAAAGAGUGUCAUGUGCAAUCAGUCCACCCAGAGCUGCAAAAUGAAGAGUUACAUGCUAUGGUGAGAUCUGGUAAUCUAAAUGGAAGCUUUGGCAAGCUGUGUCGGUAUGCAUCAAAAACGGAGGAAGGAUACAAGCUGGUGAAGCAGGAAAUCGAGAGGUUGAGUGUGUUGGCCGAGGAAAUUUGGCGAAAGAAUGGUGGAUUGGAACCCAUGGAGAAAACAGCAGAAAGAACACCAAGUAUUAGGAUUAAAGUUCCCCAUGUUGUGAAAACAAAAGGACGUAAGAGUGAAUCAUCAACCCAGCCAACCAAAAGACGUUGUAGUCAUUGCACUAAUGAAGGACAUGAUGUUCGCACAUGUCCACAAAAAGAUCAUGGAGAUACAGGAGCUCAUGCGUCUACAAGCUGAGAAUAUUAUACUUCAUAUGAUCAGCAAGUUAGUGAUCAAUAGGUAUGUUCUUAGAUUUUAUUGUAAAGCAGUGAAAAACUUAUCUUUGUAUAUGUAUGUGGCUGGAGAUCUUGAUUGAAACUUUUGUCAGUAUAUAGCGUAAAACACCCGAUAUAAUCUCUUUAUACAGGUCAAGAUUACCAAGCUUGGUGAAAGAAACAAUGCGAGAUUUG